GGGAGCGGGGGAUCGCCACGGAGCAACCGGAUAUAUGCCGCACGUCGGGCGCCGCCAGGAUGGGCAAGAACUCACCGGGGACGCCGAAGAAGUGUCGGCUGAUACUGCAACAAUGUCUCGCGAUACAGCUCACCAAACCGGGCAGCCCGCCCGAGGACUUCUGGAUGUACGACAGCGGCUACACGAUCUUCCAGAACUUCCUGUCAGCUAACCUCCAGUGCUGGUGGAACGCACCGUUGGCGGCGGCCACCAAGGUGCUGAAGUACCUCGGCCACAUCGCGCCCGGCAUGCUGCUGAUAACGGCCGAACCGUGUGCGCUCGAAAUCAUCCGCAGUGCCUACGCCCGCAGCGUCCUCAAGCCACCGGCCACCUAUCUGAUCAGUUCCGUCGGUGACAUCGACGAUUGCAUCGUGACACCGAUCGUGCAGACACAGUUCACGCCGCUCACGGAAGCCCUCUGCGAUGUCAUUAUGGAGCUUACGUCCCAGGGACAGUCGGCCACCGUCGAGAACAUACGGAAUCGAUUGCGCUCCAGGUUCACCCACAUGCAGCAACCGUCGGUGGAGGUCAUCUACGACACGCUCGUGCAGCUGAUGCAGGAAAUCAAAAUCUACCAAACGUCCAAAGGAUACUUCAUCGUCACACCGGAGAAACGGCGCAACAAAGCCCACCACACGCUGGAGUACUCGGGUUUCCCGGGCGACCUGGAUCACUCGGGGUCGAAUGGCCCGGCGGUGAAGGAAUCGAAAACGCUGCUGAUGAGCAGCCACGAAGCGCUCAGCAGCCUGUACGGUGAGAUAUCGACUGAACGGGCCGGCGACCAGACCCACCAGUGCAUCCAGACAAACCUGGCCGACGUGAUUUGCGGCGGCAACCCGAACGACAAGAUCCUGUACGCACGCCCGACCAGCGGCAUCGGCAGCAGCAAGUUCCGCAGCUCGUCCUUCCCGAGCAACGGCAAAACGCUCGAGCGGCGCCACAGCCUGCGCUUCUUCGGUUCCUCCAAGCGCCUGCAGCGAUCCUCCUCGACGCGCAGCCUCUCGAAGAACUACGCCCAGACGAUCGGGAAGGACGGAACGGUGACGGUUACGGGUCCGGCCAAUGGCGCCACCGGUACAAUGGGCGCUCCCACCACCGCCACCGGUACGAUCACCAGCGAGAUGCCGUCGGCCACACUCGAUGCAAAGAAACAGGCAUCGUCGUCGUCGCAGUCGCUGCUGUCCCGUAUCUUCCGCCGUAGUACGCGCUCCAAGAGCAAAACGAAGCAGCUUGAGACCUACUCGGCCCAAUUCCCGCCGCCCGAAUGGUUCAACUCGAAGACCACGCACCUGCACAGUGUCGGCACCCAGACGACGGACUAUUUGGACUUUCCAAUCAAGUCACGCCGUCUGCUCAACUCCACCUUCUACGACAGUUCGGACGUGAGCCAGCGGUCGCUGUCGUUGCCGCGCAGGCGGCAACACCACCGGCGCAACCUGUCCAGUGAGUCGACGUUCUUCAUCUCGUCCCGCGACUGUUCGCCGGUGCGCCGUGGCAAGAGCCCCGCCUCGUACUACUGUGGCAGUUUGCCGCGAUCGAUCCACUCGACACCCGGCAGCGGUUCCGGUGGUUCGUCGUCGUACUACAAAGCGUCCCGCAGCAAGCAGCUUACGUCCGCCGAUCCGCUACUGCACGGUGGCAGCAAUCCCGGCCCGGCAAAGUUGAUGGAACACCACGCUGGUGGCCGCCCGGGUAACCAUACUAGUCGCCACCCGGCUCCGGGCAGUGGUCCGUCCAGUAUCGACAGCGGCAAGAUGACGUACGUUACCACGUCCGGCCCGUCCAGCUUCGACAGCGAGAAGCUCUCGUCCACGCGCACCAGCACCCAUUCGAGUCUGGAGUCGCACGUUUCCUCGUCCACGAUCACCACGGCCAUACAGCAGCAGGCGAGUCCGGCCAGAGUAUUCGAGGCGAAGCCACCCUCGAUCGGAUCGGCCUCCAGUCCGAGCAGAUCGGCGGCGAAACCCUUAUCAUCGCCCGGAAUCGGCACCGUAACGACGGUAAUGACGACGGCGGUCGCUUCUUCUACGACGACCAAGGCAAACAAUAACAACCACAACAACAUUAACAAUAACAACAACAACAGUUACAAGUGCUUCGAGACCACGUUCGGUUACUCGAGCACCGGCGGAAGCAGCAAGCGCACCUCACCGUCAUCAACCGUCAGCAACAGUAGCAGCAACAGCAGCAGCAAGUCAACCACACCUUCGGGAGCGCCACCACCACCGGGCGGCGGCCAUCGCAUUAGUCUUACCAAACCGAUCGACCACCUGGCAGCCCUCAGCGAGUCGUUGCUGCAGUUCCGGCUAAGCGGAGAAGCCGGCGAAAACCGAACCCCCGACAGCUCGCUCUCGGGCGACGGCACACCGGUGAUCCGCACCAUUCCGAUUCAGACGGAUCCGGCGCCGACCGGCACCAUUCAGGAGCUGAACCGGUACAACAAGAACAGUACGAUGAACAACAGCAAGGUGAUGCAGGGCAGUGCGCCACCGGUACCCAACUUUUUCUACAAAAACGUGCUAAAAAACAUCCAGCACGACAGUAAAAACAUCUGCGGCGAUCUGGCGACCGAAAAAACGCGCUACGAUGACGAUUGGUGCGGUGGAGGUGCGGGCAUCGGAGCGGGCAGCAACCUGCGCCGCUCGAACUCGGAGAUCAAGAAGCUCAACUCGAACGUCGAUCCGCCGCCGAAGCACUACACGGGCCUGUUGGGCAGCCCGAAGCACAACGGAACGUCGUAUCACCGGCAAUCACCGCUGCAGCAACAGCAGGAGCAGCCCGCGGCACCACAACAGCGCAGCGGUCUGAUCGUGAUGAAGAAGAGUCUCUCGGUGUCGAGUGAACCGAACCUGCUGGGCAACGGAGACACGGGCCGGUCGCAGAUCACGAUACUGGUGAAGGAGGAAAAGAACGGUGGCCUCUCGCAGGGACCGGCCGGUAAGGACCGUGCCGGCGGUAAGCCGGGCGCCGAGCUGGACCGUCGGUUCAGCUUCCAGAGCCGCGACGAAGCGGCCCCGGAGCUGCUCGAAGAGAUGUACGAGUUUCCCAGCCUAUCCGAUCUGAGCUUCAACUUUACGUCGCUGGCGGCGCAAAAGAUCCUCCAGGGCGACGCCAGCCUCAACAGCAUCGACACGCUCGUCGAGCUCAACAUCAACCAGGAGAAGCAGCAAACGCUGAUGCGGCUCAAGAACGAUGCGUGUCUGCUGGCCGCCGCGUCGGCGCCGUCCACGGUCGUCGAUGCCGGUGAUUCCGGCCCCAAGGUGAUGACCGACUUCGGAAUGGUCUAACACAGAUUAGCCUUCGCAUACACAACCGGAACACACACACCCAUUUUAAAGUGCCAAUACUUAGGAGCUUACGUUUCACGUACGCGGUAGCCGGGACUGGAGGCCACCCUCCGGCGUAGGGCGCAGCGUAGGUUAAUCGUUUGCUCUUUAAUGUACACAGGAGAUAGAAGCAGCUGGCAUUCGCCCGAGGUUCCCAGAACACUGGGAACCGCCGAUGGCUCGUGCCGAAGCGUCGUGCAUCGUCCGCGGUGGACGAUGGCAUAAGUUUGUACAUUCGGUUUUAUCAAUAUUAUUAUACUUUCAUCCUUUACUGUGCAUUGUAGCCGUUUUUUAAGGGUCACUGAAACGAGCUAGAUAGUAGAGAGGGCCGAGAGCCGAAACGGUCAACGACGGUUGUUUGUCCUGCGAACGUUCGUUGUGCGAAAAAUUCGGUUG